CAGCUUGUUUCUGCAGUGGUUAAUGCAAGAAGAGAAAACCGACGUAGUGUGUUUCGGAAGCUAAACCCAGUUGGAUCGCCGUGAGGAAGACUUGCGAUGAACAGGAUACGAAUCCACGUUUUGCCUUCAAGUCGGAACCGGGUGACCCAGACACCUCGUCCCCAGGAGCCCCUGGCCUGCUCCUUUACCCAGCGACCAUGCUCUCAGCCUCGCCUGGACGGCCUGGAGUACUGCAUCAAACACAUUUUGGAAGAUAAGAAUGCUCCAUACAAGCAGUGCAGUUACGUCUCUGCCAAGAAUGGGAAACGCUGCCCCAAUGCUGCACCAAAAGUCGAAAGAAAAGAUGGAGUGACGUUCUGUGCAGAGCAUGCUCGCAGGAACGCCAUGGCCCUCCGUGCUCAGAUGAGAAAGGCAUCUUCUGGUCCGUCCCCAGAGUCACUGUUGUCUCAGCUAAGUGGAUACAACCGCGCAGAGAUGCACAGCAUUGACGGAGGACGCUCUGAAGCUAGCCGGAUUCUAGAUGAGGACAGUCUGAGUGAGGAGGAGCAGGGCCCCUUGGUACUAGACCAGACAUGGAGAGGAGACCCUGACAGUGAGGCAGACAGUGUUGACAGUGAUCACGAGGAUCCUCUGAAGCAUGCAGGGGUGUACACGGCAGAGGAGGUGGCACUCAUCACUCGAGAGAAACUCAUCAGGCUCCAAUCCCUCUACAUUGACCAGUUCAAACGCCUGCAGCACCUGCUUAAGGAGAAGAAGCGCCGAUACCUGCACAACCGCAAAGUGGAGCACGAAACUCUAGGGAGCAGUCUGCUGACAGGGCCUGAAGGUCUGUCCAUGAAGGAGAGGGAGAACCUGAAGAAGCUCAAAGCUCUGCGCCGAUACCGUCGUCGGUACGGUGUGGAAGCCCUGCUGCACCGGCAGCUUAGGGAGAGGAGGCAGGCUGUGACAGACGGAGCUCCUCAGCCACACACAAGAACGGUGCAUGAGAAGUGCAUCUCCUUUGUGGAGGGAACUCGAUGUACCAACCCCUGCAUGCCUAUGACCAGGCACUGUGUCUCACACAUCUUCCAGGACGGCAAUCAGGUGCUUUUCAAAAUGUGUCCAGGCCUGAAAGAUGUCCCAUGUGAGCGCACCGUGCAUAUGGGUCAGUCGGACGAUCCUCGCUGCCCGCUGCACCUCACCCUGCCUCCCCCCAUGUACCAGCCUGAGCAGGAGCCUCCACCACAGGAGCAGAUCACCACUGCAAGCAGGGACAUGUAUCUGAGUGCAGCAGAGCUUCAGCCCACAGAGAGCCUUCCACUAGAGUUCAGCGAUGACCUGGAUGUGGAAGGGGACGGUAUGCAGGGUCCUCCGUCCCCCCUACAGUUUGACACGGCCCUGGCCCUGGAGGACCAGACCAUCCGAGCCAUCGCUGAGGCCCCAAUGGACAUCCUGACUGGAGAAGACCCAGACCUGGAUGCCUCGGAACACGAGCUCUCGGAAAGAGAUGUGGAUGCCAUCAUGCAUGACCAGGUUAACUCUCAAUCGGGGGCAUCUCGAAUAUCUUGAUUCUUAUGAACGAUGGCACCCAUACACUGCGGUAACACUCCUUCAGUUUUGUUGUAUGUAAUGUAUGGGUCUAAUAAAAUCUUGGUCACAA